AUGGAGGGUACAUCAACCGGCCAACGACCCUACAUUCGACUAACCUCUCAACUUCGAAACGCCACAAAAAGCUCUGGAGAUGAGGUUCGGUUUAAGUGCGAAGCACUCGGAACACCGCCUCUCAAGUUUAUAUGGCUAAAAAACAAAGGAGCAAUCGAGAAAUCGAAGCGAGUGAAAAUCCGUGAUAAAGAGAACUCGUCGCGUCUAGUCAUCACACAACUCGAUGUUCUUGAUAGUGGUUAUUAUCAAUGUAUUGUUACUAACUCUGCCGCUUCAGUGAAUACGACCAGUGUGUUGAGGACUGACCUUGGAGGCGUCUUGCAUAGUCGGAAAGUCCCAGGUCUCGAAUACGUCCAAAAUCGCCUGGAAGACAGUAAUCCUAAGAUUCUAGAACCUCGUAGGCAUCAGAAAGAUUUAUACCGGUCUAGAAGACGUCCUUAG